AUGACAUAUCCAAGAACUGGGAUAAAGAGCGUUGCGCGUUGGUGUACCGCGCCCACUCUGGUUAUCUAUGUUCUGUGCCUAUGGAAAAGGGCUCUUGAGGGCGAAUGUGUGCUGCUCCCUACUCGCACGCGCCCAUCUUACCAGGAAAAUGUGAGAAACGGACCAAACAAUCAGAGACACACGGUAAAAGCUUCACAUGCAGGAGUGCGCCUGUCUCUCUCCUACAUUUCACAACUUAAAACCAUUGGUUGGGAUUGUUUUUUCGACGAACUCAAGGAUCUAUUGAACCAUCCUUGCCGAGGUAGCCUCAUUGCCAAGGCCUGCAUUAAGGUUUAUAAACCGAAUGAAGAUGGUUCUAUAGUUAGCCAAUCGAAUGCGUCAGGAUCAAUCUAUCUUGCAUUUGAACUUAUUACAUCUGGUUCAAGCCGCGUUGCCGCUGCGAUCCUCACGUUGUACGAACCAAAAAGAUGGGGCCGCACCAUGUCAAUAGCGCCUAUAUCCAUCGAGUGGCAAACGUAG